AUGGCUUCCCGCCGUGCCUUUGUGUCUUCAGCUCUGCGCGCCUCAGCUGCCGUCCGCCCCGCGCGGCCUAUCUUCUCUGUCGCAGUGCGUACAGCCAAGCCCUCAUUAGUACCCCGAGCUUUUGCGCCCUUUGCCAGAUCGACACGAGACUAUAGUGUCAAGACAAGUGAACCAAAGCAAUGGGAAUUUGAAGAAUUGAAGAACCUCGUGCAGAAGGGCGCCAAUGACGAGAUUAUCAUUGUUGACGUUCGAGAACCGCACGAGCUGUUCGAGACCGGCAAGAUUCCCGGCGCGAUUAACAUUCCUAUCACAACAGCAGUACAGAGCUUCCAUAUUCCCGAAGAGGAUUUCGAGGAGAUGUACGGAUUUGAGCGACCUUCGAAGGACAAGGAGCUGUUGUUCUACUGUAAAGCUGGUAUUCGCGCAAGGUCAGCCUCACAAUUGGCCAACCAUGCUGGUUGGAAGAAGACGAGCGAGUAUCCCGGGAGCUGGCUCGACUGGGCGGAGCACAACGGACCCGUUGAGAAGGUUAAGAAGUACUAG